AUUUUUUAUCAUUAUUUUGAAUUAUUUAUUAAUCAAACAAAAUGAUUAUUCCACGCUUCAUUAAAAUCUUCUCUAUUGCUGUGAUAAUUAGUUUCUUGGUUUCUUCAGUUGAAUCAACAAAAAAAAAUUUAAAAUGUCCUGGACCUUUAGAUAAAAUUGAUGAUCACUUCAAUGAAAAAGGUGAAAAAUAUAUUAUCACAUUUAAUAAAUCUGAUAAUGAAGCAAUUGAAAAUCAUUUUGAUACCAUGCAAAAUUGUUGGAAAAGACCCAUAAAACAUAUAAUUCCAAAUAAGUUAUUAAAUGAUAAAAAUACUCUCAUGGAUUUUUCCGUUAAAGGUUAUCUUCACGGAUAUUGUGGUUAUUUUACAAAAUCAUUUAUUGAUAAACAUCUUUCUAAUAUACCCGGUAUUAAUAUUGAAAAGGAUGGUCUUUUUAAAAUUAAUCGUGUAUUACCUCUUGAUUUUACUAAACGUACUAUAGCAAAGAAUCCAACAAAGAAUAUUGAUCGUAUCGAUCAAUCUAGACGUCCAUUAGAUGGAAAAUUCAUUUAUCCUGUUAGUGCCGGUGAAGGUACAAAUAUUUACAUAAUUGAUACUGGUGUAAGAAUUACUCAUAAAGAAUUUGGAAAUCGUGCAAGAUUUGGUGCUUCUUUUUGUAAAGAUUGUAAUGAUCAAGAUGAAGAUGGUCAUGGAACUCAGGUUGCUAGUAUUGUUGCUGGAACUACUUUUGGUGUAGCAAGAAAAGCAAAUAUUAUAGCUGUUAGAGUUUUUGACGUUACUGGUGAUGCUUCAAAAUCUGAUAUUAUUAAUGCUAUGUCCUUUGUACUUAAUGAACAUAAUAAGAAUCAAAAUAAGAAUACAAUAAUUAAUAUGUCACUUAAUGGUGAUUUUUCAAAAUCUAUGAAUAAUAUUAUAGAAAAUCUUACCAAUGCUGGUAUUCAUGUAGUAGUUGCUGCUGGUAAUGAUGAUACAGAUGCUUGUAAAUCUUCUCCUUCUUCUGCUCCUACUGCUAUCACUGUUGGUGCUACAGAAGAAGAUAGUGAUCAAGUUGUUGAUUUUUCAAAUUUUGGAAGAUGUCUUGAUAUAUUCGCUCCUGGUGUUAAUAUUAAAGGUGCUGGUAAUCAAUCUGAUGAUGAUGUUUUAGAAUUAUCCGGUACUUCUCAAGCUUCUCCUCAUGUUGCUGGUACAAUAGCUCUUAUAAUUUCAGAAUUUGGUAAUAGAUCUCCUAAUGAAAUGUCUAAUAUACUUAAUAGAUUAUCAUCAAAGAAUACUAUUAAAGGUCUUAAAAAUGGUUCCCCUGACUCUUUCUUACGUACUCCAUAAAAUUAAAUAUAUAAAAAAAUUAUUCAAAAGCUCUUUAUAUAUUUAAAAUUUUUUUAGAAUUUAUUUUAUAAUGAGAA